AUGUGCAUGAAUUUUUCCCCUGACUCUGUUAAUGGUCUAUUAGGUGUAAGGAUUGGGACUGAUAGUAAUACUUACGAUUUUUCUACAGCAAUAACCCCUACAGCAAUAACCUCUACAGCAAUAACCUCUAUAGCAAUACUCCGUACAGCAAUACCCCCUAGAGGGGGGAACUGCUCCAUCACUCCGCCAAGCGGCAUCUCACCGGAGACUAAUUUCAGUCUGAGCUGUAGCAACUGGGAAAGUGACAACACCCCUCUUUCCUACCAGUUUCAAUACAGGCUAGAGAAUGGUUUGUACAAUGUGUUAUAUCGUGGCGCUAAGAACAACAUAACUACCUCUUGGAUACCACCUGGGAAUAGUACAGACAAUUUUACUGUCAAAGUUAACGCUACAGUGACCGACAAUUUUGGAAUUUCUGCCUCCCCAGUGUCUUUGAAAGUUCAGGUAGGUUGCUAACCAUUAGUUUAAUGUCUACCGUGAAAAGAUGUGAGAAUAUUUGAUUUCUUUUAGUCCCUAUUAGAAAUAGAUUAAUUAUAGUUAUAGAUAACUGCUUUUGACUUUUGCAGAUCAAGCCAUCUCAGAAUGUAACACCCGAUUUUAUUGCAAACCUUCGUGAGAAAUUCAUUAAGAUCAAAAACCUGAGAGAAGCGGCGCUACUAGCAAACGUUUUACUUCUAUCAGUUUCACAUGAAACCUCAAUGGAUUUGCAGGAGAAAUACAAGGUACUUUUCAAACCCAAUUCGUUACUUAAAAAGUGAAACAAAACUAGUUCAUUCUGAUAGUAUCCGAAAAGCAAAGAGUUUACCAAGGGCCAAACGUGCAAAAAAAUGAGAAGACAUUUAUAUGAAGAAAAUAAUAACAAUAAAAUGAAAAAAAAAACUUUCGAAGAACAGACAAGUAUAAUACAUUAAAUAUAUCAACAUACUUUUGAGAAAAAUGGAGGCUUAUGAGUCAAAUAUCUGAUGUUUUUGCAGCGCGAGAAUCGUUUCGUGCAUUUUAAGCGUUGACUUUCCAUUAUUCUCUUGUUUCACCUUCCGUUCUAACGAAUGAAGAAUGCUGAGGAGAAUGCUUUGAAUAAAUUUCAAAGGAAUACUUACAACGUCUUGAAAAGAAAUCACCAAAUAUUCCUUUUUUUUUCUGCUUAGACGUUUUCGGUGAUUUGAUGCAUUUAGAUCAAUCAUGCCCUUGCAAAUCAUUUGAUGGGUUUUAAUUGGCAAUGUCAUAGGGAAACCUGAUACGUUGAGUCUUAAUAUGCCUUUAGAUCUAUAUCUUUGGAACGAGCCUCACAUGGGGGAUACAGUCUGGUUGCCUAUUUCUUUACUGGUUUAAAUAACUUUAAGCUAAUAUCUUUAUCGUUGUUUAAGGUGAUGAGCGACAUCCUUGAUAAAAUUUCGCCCUUGGAAGCGAAAACUGUCUUCGACCUGCUUCAAAAAUCAUCAGUUAUCGGCUCUGCUCUUCAGGUUCUGGAGAAAGUGCCCCAUCAGUUUUUGGUAAGUUAAUUACGCAAUAUUGUUUGGAGCUGGAAUAGCGUUGGUGGUUACGUCAAGUUUUCAUACCGUGAAACUAUUUGACCAGAAAAGUUCAAGAAAAACAGCAAUAACAACAACAGCAAAGACGAAGAAAACGGAAAUGAACAAGCAUAAAAACAAGCAACUGUUGCGUUAUCAAAUGAACCAACCUAUAGUUUUGUACAUACUUUAACUAAUUCGCCACAAAUUGUCUCUAGGACGGUCAUAGGAAAGAAAUCUGAAAGCAAGCAUUUUUAGCUUCAUUUAAAUUCAUUUGCACUCCAUAGAAUUUCUCCUUAUCUGCUAUCAGUUCAAUGACGUCACGACUAUGGUCUUUUGCCCAGAAACAAGACGUAGCAGACAUACCACUGACAAAGCAAUCAGCAGAAAACUUGGCUUCAUGUCUUAAUAGCGUGUUGAAGGCAGCAGCAGUGAUUGCAUCAGAAAACUUCAAAUCAAGUUUUCAACAACUGGUACUGUAAUGUACAUUAGUCUAUAUUCAUUGGCGAAUGGUCCAUUGAUGAUUGUUGUAAACUUAACCGUUACUUCCUUCUUCAUUCAUAUUUGGGACCUUUUAGGUUUUUUUGUAUGUAUGUUUGUUUUAAGCUUACGAAAAUCCAUAGUUUGCUUGCAUUAUAUGGUUAUUUAUGAAAUUUCUACAGGGUAAACUACUGGUGAAGAUUUCAAUGAAGACCCUCGAGAAAGUUGCAGACUCAGUGUUGGCCUUGACAGUACCUGAUGAAAGAACGAUAUCAUUCACGGCAGGACAACUAUCCAUGACAGUCGGAAGAUAUAGCCUCCAAAGACUUUCAGGACUGGAAAUAAAAGCAGGAAAAGGCCGGUUUAUCUUACCGUCUAAAAGCCAAUUGUUACUCUCUGGAGUGAACAAAACAAGUUUUGUAAAUGUUCAGGUAAGUAUUCCUGCCCUUCAGGCAAAUUUCAAUCCAAGUUUUUCCAAGUCAAGUCAUAAUAGCACUUUAUGUACCUUAAAGGUUGCUUAUUACCUCCAGCAAUCAUAUUUCUUGUUCUGCUUUUGACGUGUUCAACUCUGGCACAUGGGCAGCAAAAAAGAAUCGAGUCAUGUGACCGAAGAGGCCACAUGAAUGUUAUUUAUUUUUCGUUGUUUUUCAAAUAUAUUUUCAGUUUUAUUUUGAUCUCAACUUAUGAUAACUUAUGAUUAAUAGUAAGACGGAGUACCAUGUUUACGUGCUCAAUUAUAGCAGUCCACAGAACAAACAUUCUUAAUUAUUCUUCUUUUAGAUGCUCUCAUUUUCUUUCAACCCUUUCACUUGGGACGCCACAAAGGAGCGAGUUGGCUCUGAUGUUGUGACCCUGCACUUCAAAAACAACGACAGCGAGCUUAUUAAAGUAUCAAAUCUUACGGAAGACAUUGUUAUCGUUACGCCUCUAAAACUUCAGAAAAUCUCUGCUUCAGAAAAGUCAUGGUAUUUCACAAAGAACGAUGAUCUACGUUUCCACGAGGUAAACGUCAAGUAUGAAAACACCCUGUUAAUGCUGGAUAUCAAACCUCAAGAUCCAACCGUUCAUCUGUUUGUCUAUAUGCGUUUUGGUCAGCGACCGACAACUCAAAACUACGACCUCAAUGCUACUAUCUCUUAUGACAAAAAGUGUGUUUGGAUGAUAAGCGCACAUGACAAAAGUGACGGGCAACCGAUCUGCUCCGUGAGUCCACGUGUGCCGAUACAAGUUCUGGCUGAGCGUCCUGGGAAAUACUUUCUCGGCUUAAAAAAUUACAAUGCCACAGUUAACUUAUCUCACACAAGGGAGAAAAGAUCUUGUCUUGGUGGAAGGCGAAGGAAGCACUCCUGCGUCGAAGUCAAAGAUCCACCACCUGCCCCGCCCCAGAGUGAAAAUUUCCCUCUGAUGCCAGUUUAUGAUUCCACAACAGACCAGAACUACACUCUGAUGGUGACCUUGGGUAGUUGUGUUUACUGGUCAGAAGCAUGUGACAAGUGGAUAUCAUCUGGUUGUCGAGUAAGUGAAAAUUAAAUAACGCUUUUCAGUGCAAUCUUUUUUAUCUAAUUUGGAAUCGUAUUCAACACUAUUCAGAUAAUUUGAGCUUUCGCGAGUAAUGUUUGCAAAAGUGCUGUGGUAUUGUAAUAAUCUUCACUCAUUAAGCUUAUCAUUUGAUUCAGGCUAAUCUUUGAUUAGAGAACAUUUUCAGACGACAGUCGAAUCGAUUUGAUAGCCAACUGAGGCAUAGAAGCGCCUUAAAACAAAAAAGAUACAGUGUGAUUUAUGGUGACAGCCAAAAUGAUAAUUUUUAUCAUUAACAUCUUGCAUUUAUGAUUUCAGGUUUUAGCGGAAUUAGAUGGAUUUUUAAGCUGUAGCUGUAGCCACUUGACAUCAUUUGGGGGAAGUCUUUUAGUGGAACCGAAUCCCAUUGACUUCGACAAAGUCUUAGUCGAGUUUCAGCAGUUAUCAGAAACUGGAAAUAUCGCAGUAAUUGUGGUUAUUGCGGUGAUUUUAUUAUGUUAUGUGACUGUGCUUGUUAUCGUAAGGAAAUUCGACGAGGAAGACGCCAAAAAUGUGAGUGUCGAGCGAGAUUUUGCUUAGGACUGUUGUUUUAACGGAGCAUGGUCUCCAGCAUGACCAUUUCACUCCCAUGAUUUUGUUCUUAAAUCUCCCUCCGGUUGCUAUACAAUUUGUUUGUAAAUAAGUCAUGACAAUUUGCUAAUAGAUCAAGAUAACAAAAUCUACCUGAUAAUUUUGAGUAUUCUCAUGACCUGUUACCUGGAUAAUGUACGGAUAUUUUUCGGAGAAGUUGCAUGUUGGUCACCCCUGGGAGUUAGAGUGUUGAGAAAAUAAAAAGGUUUUAAAAAAAUGAAGUGACAGCCUUUUUUUUUUUGGACUGGAACCAAAACAGCGAAUUAAGAAUAUAAAUCAGCUAACCAUGUAAUUCAUGCUUUAUCAUGUUUUUUUUAGAAGGAAUCACCGAUCCAACUUCCAUCACCUUCAAGCAGUGCCUAUGAAUAUAAUAUAGUGAUUACAACAGGGGUUUGGAAAAACUCAGGCACGACUGCUCAUGUUGCUUUGGAGAUUUAUGGUUCUGAUGGAAAGAGUGGCAUUCUUCAGCUUAGCCAAGAAGAGCCUGGUGCAGUGAAUACGUUAUUCUCCCGAGGUAAUUCAAAUGUUUUUGUACUUUAUGUUAACAAAUCACUUGGUGUGAUUCAAGGAGUGCAGAUUGGACAUGAUAAUUUUGGAGAUAAUCCCUCGUGGUACCUUGAAGAAAUCCUGAUUCGGGACGUACAAUCCAAGCAGUCGUGGAAAUUCAUAGCCAGUCAGUGGUUUGCUCUUGAGCUCGGAGAUGGGCGCAUCGAGCGAGUAAUCGACCAGACCUCAAAUCAUUUGGAUUUUGGCAAUGAAGUUGCAAGACGUUGGCGAAGAGGACUCGCGGAGUGGCAUAUUUGGAUUUCAGUAGCAGCCAAGCUGAGAAAAAGCCGCUUUACAAGAGUACAGCGGCUUUCUUGCUGCCUCUCAGUGCUUUUGACAUCUAUGUUUGCUAACGCGAUGUUCUACAAGUUAGAGGGCAAAUAUGCACAGCCUAUCCAAUUCGGACCGCUGAAAAUGUCGUGGAGACAAGUGGUAACUGGAAUUGAAAGCGCGCUUGUUGUGACACCCAUGAACAUUUUCAUAGUGAUUCUGUUUCAGAAAGGAGCUGAAAAGUCUGCGACGAACAAUGACUGUUGUCUUAAAGGUACCCUGAUCUCUGGUAUCGCUUGGUGUUUGUUGUUUUUUUCUUGUACUGUUUCGGCUGCGUUUUCAAUUUUCUACAGUCUAAUUUGGGAAAAGAGUGUCAGUGAGCAGUGGCUGUCUUCGAUGCUUAUUUCAUUCGCACAGGAUGUAACAAUCAAGGAACCAGUAAAGGUGUUCUUCACAGCUUUAACAUUCGCGGCCAUUUUAAAGAGAAAGGCGAAGAGAUCAAAAGUACACGCCUGCGAAGGCCCUCAGCAAGUUAAAACUGGGUACUAUAAGAAACAUUUUUGGGCACUGAAAUUAUCAGAGGUGGAAGAGAUGAGGAGACGACAAGCUAAGAAACAGAACCUGGCACGUUAUAUCACAGAGUUGGGUUUAUACUUGGUCUUCGUUUUCUUGCUUAUGGCAGUGUGCUAUGGAAACAGAAAUGACCAUCGGUACUUGAUGACUAAAUCAAUCCAGGAUGGACUACCAAACUUUGGCAAGGUGAGUAAACAUUAUUUCAUUAUGAUAAAUCCAUUGCUGAAAUUCGCGUGUUUAAUUUAUCUUAUGACUUUUCGUUCCCAUGGAGAUCCAAAAUCAAAUAUACGAAGUAAAAUUUUACUUUGCCGGCCUCUUCAAGAACUGACUAAGGUAUUUUCUGCGUUUGUAAUGGAUAUUUUGAGAAGGAAUAUCCCUUUAGAACAGGGUACAAGAGAUAUGUUAGUGCGCGAGACCCAAAUUUAGGACUGGAAAGAAAUUCCAAGCAAUAGAUGUAUAAUCCCAUGAAGACAUUGGCAUUCAAUUCUGCUAUAGGAGAAGAGCCAGAAAGCGGCAAACAUAAUAUUUGAGGGGAUGGGUGCAAUGAAAAUAAGCAAGUGAGAAUAAUAGUCUAAGACACGCCCAUAAAUAGUAACUCGCUUGUGUGACUCAAACUUCUGCUCAUCUAUCCAUACAGCUAUACUUACAAAAAAAUUUAUAUAUAUAUAUAUAUAUAUAUAUAUAUAUAGGAAGUCUAUAUUCGGUUUUUCCGUAUUACAGUGCUUGAUACAUGGAAGUACAGCGUGAUAUGAAUUGAGCUAGGAAAAAAAAAAAGAGACCAAGGUUUUUCUCGACAAGCCUGUUUCGUGAUUAGAUCAUUCUUCAGGGGAUCUUAAUGGAACGAAUAUUUGUAACCAUCGAAGAUAUACUAUAAAAUUUGCAUAAUAAAUGUGGCGGUAAAUUUAGGUGCUUUGUUCAGCUGUUGCGCAGUAACGCUUUGUUUCUGUGAAGGUAUGAAGACACGAGUUCAUUACCCUUGUUAACUAAUGACAAUUCAAUUAACAAUUCAUUUAUAUAUAUAUAUAUAUAUAUAUAUAUAUAUAUAUAUAUAUAUAUAUAUAUAUAUGUAUAGGAAGACAGCAAGUCGAUUUUCGCGUGGAACAGUGCUCAAUACGUUGAAGCAGAGCAGAAUAAAUAUUAUGAGAGGGAAAAAGGGACGCAACUACAAUCCCCGACAAGCCUGUUUCGUGAAUCGCUUCACUCUUCAGGGGUUUAAACCCCUGAAGAGUGAAGCGAUUCACGAAACAGGCUUGUCGGGAAAUGUAGUUGCGUCCCUUUUUCCCUCUCAUAAUAUUUAUAUAUAUAUAUGUAUAUAUAUAUAUAUAUGUAUGUAUGUAUAUAUAUAUAUAUUUAUUUAUUUAUUUAUUUAUUUAACCCAAUGAUCUUGUACUAAUUCAGGUGACAAACAAUACAAGGUACUGGAGCUGGUUACAGCGUGUUUUCAUCCCAGGUGUGUUUUCCGGCAGAUGGUACAACGGUCAAAGGGAUGAGAAAACAAUUUUUAUUGAUAAUAAACAAUCUCUUCUCGUCGGAAUGGCUCGAGUAAGGCAACUCAGAGUGAAAGCGAGUAAGUUUUUUUCCAUUUUUAUCCCUCUUUGCAUUUCAGUGAAAGGCUAUUUACCCACACACGUCAUUUCACAUAUUAUAGUUAUACAUAUAUAAUUUUGCCUGAUAGAGAAGCAAUCGGUGCACAAACUUAAUUGUAGAGUUAAACAAUAGCUUAUUGAAAUUCUUAAAGAAAAAAUAUUGAACAUGCGCUGGUUACAAUUUUCUCGACUCCUGACCAUUCUGACAAUUAUCUAGACGAGUGUUUAGGUAGCUGCGUUUUAUUAUGAACGUUGAUUAAAUUUAGGUUUUGAUGACGGCGCUCCUUUCCUCCGAAAGCAAAUGCUACUUUGAAGGCUUCUAAUAAUUCUCCAUAACAAGAUGUCCAUAUUUGUUAAAAGUACGAAAUGUGUCAUCCCUGAGUGAAAUGAAUACCAAAAGAAACUUCCUAAUCAUGAUCUUUUGUUCCAACUUUCAGCGCAAUGUAAAGUCCUAAACUAUAUGGAAACAUCGUUCCAAGAAUGUUUCAAAGGAUACUCGACAAAGAACGAAGACAAGACCACCUACAACGAACCAGGCUGGAGGCCUGUCAACAUUGCUACGAGGAAUGACAAGUUAUUACAACUUUGCCCGAAGCCAUGGCGAUAUCAACAUGCCGAGGAAACUGACACUACACCCAGGUGGGGACAUUUCUCCUUUUAUGAUGGAGGAGGAUUUGUAGCAGACCUCGGUUAUGAUAACCAUACGGGGUUCAGCAUAGUAACAAAUUUACAAAACAACAGUUGGCUUGACAGGCAAACCAGAGUUGUCCUGGCAGAGUUUUCCACAUUCAAUCCGUCGGUCAACAUUUUAAGUGUUGCCUCAUACUUCUAUGAAGUUCAUGCAUCUGGACUGAGAGCAGCCUCCAUGCAAAUUCGUGUUCUUUCACUUGAUUCUACGGGCACACCCUUGCAUCAGUUUUAUUUGAUUUGCUUGUUCCUGUACAUUGUAUUCGUUUUUCUGUAUUUUGGAAGGGAAAUUUUCAGACUUUACAGUCAUCGUUCUCGAUAUUUCAGGUCUAUCUGGAAUUGGGUCGAGAUAUUUCAAAUUGUUUUUUCUCUGAUAUCCGUGGUGAUGUACAUAAUACGACAAAGUAAAACCAUUUCAACCAUGGGAAAACUGCAUAAAAACAUUUACGGAAAUUUAAGUUUCCAAGAAGCUAUCACUUGCCAAGAAGUGGAAAAUGUGGUACUUGGAAUUCUUACUUUCAUCGUCACCACCAAGCUAUUGCGAAUCAUUCGCUUCAACAACUAUGUUGCUCUAUUCUCCGCAACAUUGAAGAUAUCUGCACGAUCUUUGUUAUCCUUUAGCAUCGUUUUAUCCAUUUUCUUUGUGGCAUUUUUGCACUUCGGUGUCUUAGUGUUUGGCUCUGUAUCUGGGCGCUACUCUUCGGUGCUAAAAGGAGCCUAUUUCCAACUCGAGCUAACUCUUGGUCGAGUGAAAGCUAGACCAAUCGAUGAAUUAGCACAGGCCGACACCAUAUACGCCAAAAUAUUCGCCUUCUUAAUUUUCUUCACUCUUACUAUUCUCUGUAUGAACUUCUUUAUUGGCAUAAUCAACGAUGCUCUUUUAGAUGCUAAGAACUAUGUGAGCGAAAGUGAGCUGUAUGAUCUUAUCGAUGAGAACCGUUGCUCGAGCUCAAAAGAAAGAAAAGAGUUUUUCGAUGCAAUCAGUAUCAAGUUGAAACAGUCGAGAACCUCUAAAACGUCAGCAGAAGUGAAGGACAAAGAAUCUGGAAACACUGGCCUUGACCCCACGAACAAUUCCAAUCUUAACUUUGAUUUAAUAAGUCAAGCUAUCAAAGCUUGGAGGAAGAAAAGAUCCAGAGAAACAAUAGAUAAACAGAAAUGCAGUACAAGGAGACAAGCAUUGUUCGACAGGAUAAGCAACAUGUUAAAACCUCUGAAAGGUGAAAGCAAUGACGACUGCAGCAAACGUAGAGAAAAAAAGAAAGUAAGAUUUCAAGAGGAUGUCGUCGAGUCUUCCCUCCGUAAAUUACGUAAGAGAGAACAUGACCUGUUGCAGCGGCUGGAGAGUAUUGUUUCAGGGUACAUAGCAGAAGACAAAGAAUUUGAUUAUUUAUUAUUAACAGGAGAGGCUCAUAUCUACUAG